AUGGCAUCCCGCGAUGAGAAAGCUGACAGUGAAUCCGCUUCGUCAGAUAACUCCCUCGCAACUCCCACUCACACAAUCGGAGAGGAUAUGCCGGACAGCAGCCGCUUCUGUACCCAGGAGAGUUUCAAUCUCUGUCUACCUUCUCCAGGAAAGACCUACUUCAUCCGCCACCAGGAGUCAGGCAAAUUUCUCCACCUCAAGCUUGGAGUCUUGAGGGUAGGAGAGUCCGAUCCUCAGAGUGGGCGCUAUUGGACUUGUAUUCAAGCAGCGGGCUGGCUUGGAUUUCGCGAAACGGGAUCAGGCAAAUAUCUUGGUACAUAUAGUGCCCGCGUGGCUGCGGUCGAUGGCAUGUGCAAAUUUGUGGUCAUGCCCAAGGGAAACCAAGGCUGCUAUCUUCAACCAGUCGAAUGGCCAAUGUUAAUGUACUUAGGGUUCGAUAAUGAUCAUCAUCCUAUCAAACAGGCGUCCAGUGAUGAUGCUGCGCUCUGGGAAUUCGUGGAACCAGCACUCAGGAGCGCAGUUGAGAUCGCCUUCAGCAAGACGAUGGAGCUGAUGCACACCUGA